UUCCCGGCUAUGUUUGCAAAACAUUGCAACAAGAGGAUAAAACCCCAAGAGCACCAUCGGAUAGUUGCGCGCGUUGCUGACAUACAUCAUGCUGGGGACCGCGAGAAUCCUGUCGUUUCUCUGCAUCUCCAUCCUUGCAGUGGACGUAUCCAUGACAGCAAAAAACGCCCUUCAUGAGUUCCUGAAAACAUCUGGAUUUCAGCUGAUUAAGUCCUUACCGCAUAAAACUCAGGAAUAUCGCUCUGUUGAGCAAUGUGCAAAGCGAUGUACAAAAUACAAAAGAUUUGUUUGCAGGGCUUUUUUCUUUGUUAAGACAGAGAAGAAAUGUCAUCUGCUGUCAUUUAACAGCAAAACAAAAGGAGUGAAAGGAAAGCAGAGUUCAGAAUGUGACCUGUAUGAGAGAAAAGAUUUCAUUAGAGAAUGCAUUAUUGGGAAAGGAAAAAACUACCAGGGUACAAAGUCAGUGACAGAAAGUGGACAAACUUGUCAGUACUGGAAUUCGACAAUCCCACAUGACCAUCGGUUCUUGCCUUCAAAUAAAUGGAAUAAGAAGCUGCAGGAGAACUAUUGCAGGAAUCCAAAAGGCGAUGAAGGAGGCCCGUGGUGCUUUACAACGGAUCCAACGAUUCGGGCGGAGAGCUGUGCCAUUCCGCAAUGUUCAGAAGUUGAAUGCAUGAUGUGUAAUGGGGAAAGUUACAGAGGACCCAUGGACCACACAGUGUCUGGAAAGGAAUGUCAGCGUUGGGACCUGCAAGAGCCGCAUCGACACAGAUUCAGCCCUGAACGAUUUCCUGAUAAGGGGCUUGAUGAUAAUUACUGCCGAAAUCCAAAUGGCCUUGCUAAGCCCUGGUGCUAUACGCUUGACCCCAAGACCCCUUGGGAAUAUUGUGCAAUUAAAGAAUGUGUUCAUAAUUGUGACCAUGAUUUGGAGAUGACCACAAAAUGUUUCAAGGGGCUUGGCAAGAGUUAUAGAGGAACCGUAAAUACCACCCCUUCGGGAAUCCCCUGCCAACGGUGGGAUUCGCAGACUCCUCACCGUCACACUUUCAUUCCUGAGGACUAUAAGUGCAAAGACCUGAACAAAAAUUACUGUAGGAAUCCUGAUGGAGCGGAAGCCCCCUGGUGUUUCACUACAGAUCCUGAAAUUCGAAUAGCCUACUGUUUUCAUAUACCGCGAUGCGAGAAAGAGACUCCCCCUUCUGAAGAGUGUUACCAAGGAAAUGGAACAACUUACACAGGAACUGUGGCUAAAACUAGGAUUGGCCUAUCGUGUGCACCAUGGAAAAACCACAGUCAGGACUCCGAAAGAUCCAUUGCGUACACUCAUCCUGCAAAUUUGGUGCAGAAUUACUGUCGCAAUCCGGAUGGAGACCUGCAUGGUCCCUGGUGUUACACCAAUGAUCGUUUCACUCCUUGGGACUACUGUGCUAUUGAACCCUGUGAGAGAAGAGUCAACAAGCCCUCAACAAAUCAGUCGGCAUACAAUGGCAAAUGCCUUCCACCAAAGAUGGGACUAAGGAUAGUGCAUGGAUUUCCAGCGAAACCCAGAAUGUUUAAAUGGAUGGUCAGUCUGCGGCGCAGGGACAAGCAUUUCUGUGGAGGGACCCUGAUCAAAGAGGACUGGGUUCUCACAACCAAGCUCUGUUUCUACACAUGCAAUCAAGACUUGAAAGGAUAUGAAGCUGUGAUGGGAAUCCUCAAAGAUGACCCAAGCGAAGAACCUCACAAACAAGUGAGAGAAAUAUCUCAGCUAAUCUGUGGCCCUGAAGGAUCCAAUCUUGCAAUGCUGAAGUUGUCCAGUCCGGUGAAAUUCACUGAUUACGUCUACAAAAUUACCCUACCUAUGCCUCACUGUGUAAUACAAGAAGGUGUCUCCUGUAAUAUUUCUGGAUGGGGAGAAACCAAAGGUACUGGCUAUGAAGGUGAGCUAAAGGUAGCCCAGGUCCAUAUCAUUGGGCCGAAGAAAUGCAAUGAGUACCACCAGGGAAGCUUCCAUGUUAAUGAAACUGAAAUCUGUGCAGCUAAUGGAGAUGGAACUAUUGGUACAUGUGAGAAAGAUUAUGGUGGUCCUCUGGUCUGUGAAGAAAGUGGUGAAACGUUACUACAAGGUGUUAUCAUUCCUGGCCGAGGCUGCGCAAGACCAAAACGUCCUGGAAUUUUUGUGAGGGUGUCCUAUUAUAUAUCAUGGAUAGAUAAAGUGUUUAGGACAUACAGAAGAAAUAACAAUGUAUGGAGAUGAUUAUACUGUAUGUCACAGAAAUCCUUAAUUAUUAAAUACAUAACUUAUCAAUUGAAGAGCUAUAUUGCUGCAGAUACUUGUCAAGUCCUUAGAUACUUGACAAGUGAUUUGUCUGAUCUGUUGCUCAUUGUUUGUGAGAGACUAUUUCCAUUUGUGUUUACGUUUGAAUGGUUACAGGACAAACUGAAGCAUGUUUCACGAUUUUGAGAAAACGGUUGAAAUAUUGUACGUAACUAUACAGUUUGCAAUAGAAAAUCUAUUUCUGCACACUAGGCAAGGCUGCCUACCCAGUUUUGAACAAGCAUUUCAGUACAUUCCUUAAAAUUUCAAUGCUUUAUUUCAAGUUAAUUUCUUGGAAUUUUUUUGAGGUCAAAUAUUAAUCUAAUUCUUUGACAAUCAAUUCCUCAAUUUUUAAUCAUGUUGUUGAAGCUAUCAUUAAAAGUUAAUUUCUACAUAUUUAUUCCAAAGUCUCUUGCACAAGUCUGUAUUUACCUCCAAGAACUAAAAUAAUUUCAAAGUACAUUUAUAUAUUUUCAAAUGCAAAACAAAAACUAUUCAGUGCUGUCUUCUUAACCUGAGCGGCACCUCACUCUCGAUCUAUUCCCUGAGUCACUGAGGUGUGCAAUGGGCUGGAAAAGGAGAAUAACCUUUCCUGCUUCUCUCAAGGUAUAUGUUUCUAUUUCAGACAUUUGUAAUUCUUUACCUGUCUGCUGGCCAGAACUGGAUAUUAUUUUUAACCCAGAUCAUUUUAGGAAAGCUGAAUGAGAUCUAAAAAAAAUAAAUCCCAUUCUCAGCCUUCCAAUGUUCGUUGCAGCAUUUGGUGUUUCUGCUACUUCUUGAACAAAGUUGCUGUAAAAUAUUCACCAAGUUCUUUGCAUAAGCUAUUUCUUUGACAGCUAGCCAAUAUUUUUCUGCCCCGUUGCCUCCUGACCUGUGACUUAACUAUGGUAUAAAUCAGAAAUCCUGAACAUUGUUUAUUCUCAAAUGACCGUUCUUUCUCUGAUUGUGAUUAAUAUUUCAUAACUGUUUAACUGAUACUAAGAAAACCGGAUUUGGAGCUGAUGCCUGAAUAAUCAUUUUAAGAGUGUUUGCAUUAUGUGCAUUGGUCAAGCUUUAAGUAGAGUUUAAAAAUGUACAAGCUCCAUUUAUUCAUUGUCAUUAUUGUAGUUUAUUUCUGUCUUUCCCUGUCUUUCCCAUUACUGAGCUGGUUUGGGAAUAGAAAUAAUUCAAAUUGCUGAUAAACUUUCUAUCUUUAGUCUACCGUUUCUUUUCAGAGAACGUUAACCAGUUCCUGAACUGUGCAAUUCAGUGACUGCCUGAACUGGACACCGUCACACUCGACUGCAAUAACAAAUCAGAUUGUGGCAAGGUGUAGAAGUGUGUUGAUAAAGGCAAGGUACUACAAAUGCUGGACAUCUGAAAUAAGAACAGCUGAAAAAUCUCAGUGUUUCUUGCAACAUCUGUGAAGGGAGUUAACGUUUCAGCUCAGUGAUUUAUCAUCGGAACUAGUAUUUAUCUUGUCAUUGAAAAUAUUUAAUCUGCUAUGUAUUCAAGCAGUUCUUUCUUUCUGGCUUAAUAGGAGUUCUAUGUGUUCUUGCAAUGCUUGUGUCUGCACUGCUGAGGUGAGACCAUGCAAAUGAAAAGCAACCAGGUUGAAUUCUUGAUCCUCAAGUAAAACCUUAUGAGUUUACCUGAGUCAAGAUGGCGUUCAAAGUAUUUAAAGUGGCACAAAUUUGCAAUGGCCGAGUAGAAUCUGCUGUAUAGUUGACUCAUUUGCGGUGGUGUUCAAGAAGAUGAACCUGUCGUUCAUUAUUUGAAAGACAAAGGCCAUCUAUCAACUUGACCUUGUUGGAUACUGUCCUCUGGCAAUACAGGUUCAUCGUGAGACCCUGGACAAGAUAAACCAUUUCUCACAUUUCAGGAGACACAUUUUGGUGAAGGCAAGCAUUGAUAAUAGUGUCAAUGCACCAACACUCCCUUUGGUUGAUUGAAGAAAAGGUUAUUUUGAAAAUCAGAACCACAAACCUGGCAUAAAAUUCAUGGUUCACCCGGUGGCAGUAAUCCCUAAUUAUGGAAUGUUUCUGAGAUCUUGAUCUACAGCAGAUAUCUUAAGACACUGGAGAGAUGCUACAAUUCUGCCUCUACAAAAUCCAAUUCCAUUGGAAGGAUAAAUGAAGCCACAUCUGUGUCCCCUUCCAGCUAACAGCACCAGAACUGAGGCCCUGGUGGCAGUGACUCAGCAACAGUGGGCAGUCCAGGUCACUUGCACACUCAAAACCAGAGUCCCAAUGCAGACAAUUCAUUCCAAGCUUGGUUAUGGGAACAGAUUAUCAGGCACACACAGGAAAGAAUUCAAAGCUGUGCUCAAAGCCUCCUAGAAGAAAUUUAACAGCUCCACUGACCCCUGGGAUUUCCCAAGUGGAAAGAAAACCAGGAGCUCACCACCUUGUAAGAUAACCACUCACCUAGCCUGUCAGUCACUAUCUGCCCCUUUUGUGGAAUGGUCUGUGGUUCUCACAAAUCAAAUACCCCAGAACACACAUAACCAGAGUGGAAUAAGCCAUGCUUGAUCCCGUGGUAUUGCCAUAGAAGAAAAGUUCUAAUUAUUAUGUUUCCCCUUUACCUUGAUAUUGACAGCAGUGGUUGGAAUAAUCCUGUGCAUUGAUGACAUGUUUCUGAGUAUUGUUUGCUUCAUUGCUUUAUCACUUGAAGAAAAUAUUUUCUCAACUGUGCAGUUCAAUUUGUACAAAGAACUGGUUUAUUUCAUCAAAGAUCGUACGGGAUUAAAUUUUGAAUUUUGCCUGUUCUUCUGUUUCCAACUCCCAAAAGAGCAAAAAAACAUGCAAGCAGGCUGUUGUGAAGAUGUAAGGGUAAUUCAAAAGCAAAUGUUGAAUUUUGUGUUCUUUUGUCUGACUUUGUCUAAGACUUGGAAUCCUGCCUGCAGUUUCUGCUGAUGUACUGCUGAUGCUCUUAGUAGAAUGAAAUAUUUUCUCUCCAUUUCACUCUAUAGAUAGGAGGGCUUUAACUUUGUAUGUUUGAUGCUGAUGUGGAACAGGAAAUGUAAAUAUGCCCUGAAGAUUUUAAUUCUGUGGGGUACUGUAAAGAUAGCGAUGUUACUGAAAGAAUGGGAUUGCUGUAUAAAGCUGUAUAGCAGAACCAGGCUUGAGCCACUGGGCUAAAAUUCAGUUUCUAUUUAUUGAAAUCACUUUUAUAAAAAUUCUAGGUUUUCCUCUAUCUACACUAUGGUAGUCUAUGUAGAUAAACCAUUGUGGAAGAAAAGCUGCUUGUUUUGUACUUUAUGCUAAUAUUUAACAAGCAGUUCAAAUGUAUAUUAAUGUUAUUUUCUGUGACACUUUUGGUACCAGUGAAUAUCAUCUGUGUUGCACAAUUCUGUAAACAACUAUUGACUUGUUAAAUAAUCAGUGUAUUAAACAUUCUGCAAAUAUUUAAAUAUAGAUUGGUAUCUUCUGUUGAGCAGGAGAAACGUAACCAUUUGUCCAAAGGAGCCAUUCGUACUAUGUCAAUCCAAAAUGACCGUCUUAUAAAAUGGUAGUUCGUAUCAUCAAUAUCCAGAUAUCCUCUCUCCUCACUUUAUCUAAAAGAUGUUGAAAAUAUUUUUGUUACAAAAUGAUC